UACUACAAAGAGAGGGUCCGGGAGCAUUCUUUAGAUUCAAAGAAUCAAUUAACCAACCAUGGCUGAAGAAAACAAUAACGAUGAACUUGUCGAUCUCUAUGCUACUAAGGAUGGGACGGUAGAUUACAAAGGAGAUCCCGCGGAUAAACACAAAACUGGAACAUGGAAAGCCUGUCCCUACAUCCUAGGAACCGAAUGCAGCGAAAGAUUGGCAUACUAUGGAAUGAGUUCAAACCUAGUUCUUUAUUUCAAGCAUCAGCUGAAUCAAACAAGCGCCACGGCAGCCAAGAGUCAAUCCAAUUGGUCUGGAACAUGCUAUACCACGCCUCUCCUCGGAGCUUUUCUCGCCGAUGCCUAUUUCGGAAGAUACUGGACAAUCGCCAUCUUCUCCAUCAUCUAUGUUAUUGGAAUGACGCUAUUGACCUUGUCGGCGGCGGUGCCAGGGUUGAAACCGACCUGCUACGGGAAAGACAACUGUCACGCCACGGCCUCACAGAGCGCUGUCUGUUUCGUCGCGCUUUACAUGAUCGCUCUUGGAACCGGAGGGAUAAAGCCAUGCGUUUCGUCGUACGGCGCCGAUCAAUUUGAUGACGCCGACGAGGGGGAGAAGAUGCAUAAGAGCUCCUUCUUCAACUGGUUUUACUUCUCCAUAAAUGUUGGCGCCCUAAUUGCUGCAUCCGUCCUGGUUUACGUGCAGGAAAACGUCGGGUGGGGAUGGGGAUUUGGAAUCCCGGCUGUGGCCAUGGCUGUUGCCGUAAUAAGCUUCUUUUCAGGGACUCGUCUGUACAGGAAUCAGAAGCCUGGCGGUAGUCCGAUCACUCGUAUAUGUCAAGUGCUCGUAGCCUGUGUGAGAAAAUACCGAGUUCAGAUUCCUCAAGAUAAGUCUCUUUUAUACGAAACAACCGAUGCUGAAUCUGUUAUUAAGGGAAGUCGAAAGCUUGAUCACACUUCUGACUUCAGAUUCUUAGACAAAGCGGCGGUGGAGAUUCCAUCAGAUUCGAAUCAAGAUCCAUGGAGGAUUUGCACCGUGACCCAAGUAGAGGAACUGAAAGCAAUCGUCCGAUUACUUCCAGUUUGGGCGACUGGAAUCAUAUUCGCAGCAGUUUACAACCAAAUGAGCAAUUUCUUCGUCCUUCAAGGCGAAUUAAUGGACACUCGUCUUGGAAACACAAACUUCCACAUUCCGGCAGCAUCACUAUCCAUAUUCGACACCAUCAGUGUCAUAAUCUGGGUUCCAAUCUACGACCAGAUGAUCGUCCCACUCACCAGAAGAUUCACUGGUCACAACAGCGGUUUAACCCAACUACAGAGAAUGGGGGUUGGCCUCUUCAUAUCAAUCUUCUCCAUGGUCUGUUCCGCGAUCUUGGAGUUGGUGAGGUUGAAUAUGGUGAGAAGGCAUAAUUACUAUACAUCGGAUGAAAUCCCAUUGACAAUAUUUUGGCAAAUCCCGCAAUAUUUCCUGAUCGGUUGUGCGGAAGUUUUCACUUUCAUUGGACAAUUAGAGUUCUUCUACCAGCAAGCCCCUGACGCCAUGAGAAGCCUUUGCUCUGCUUUAUCUCUAACUACAAUUGCACUUGGGAAUUACCUUAGUUCCUUUUUGAUCACCAUUGUUAUCCAUAUCACUGCCAGAGAUGGGAAACCGGGAUGGCUGCCUGAUAAUUUGAACUAUGGCCGUCUUGAUUAUUUCUUCUGGUUAUUGGCUGUUUUGAGUGGGUUGAAUUUGGUGGCUUUUCUCUUUGUUGCAAAAUGGUACACUUACAAAAGGCCGGUUGGGACUCUCAAAGGAUGAUGAUGAAUUGAUGAGAAAGCAUUCAAGUCUUUAUUAUUAGUGCUGUCAAUUAUGAUUGUUUUAAGCUGUAUAAUGUUGUAUCCUCCUCAAUCAGCUUAUAAUAGUGUAGAUCCAUAUAGUUAUAUA